AUGAACACAACGUUUUCUACAUUCUCCCAGUACGUCCUGGACUACAUCGUCAGCGAGAAACUCUAUUCCUACUUCGAGGUUUCCAUCAACUUGUGGACGAUGCUGUUUCUCUCUUGCUUCGGGGUGGCCACCAAUGUCCUCAACGCGGUCGUCUUUAUAAAGCAGGGUUUCAAUGAAGGCGUCAACAUCUCUCUCAUGGCCAUCACCUGCUGGGACCUGGUCCGCUGCCUCACCAGCUUGGUGCACCGAAUGUACGGCCCUCUCUACCCCGCCUCGUCCUUGUUCUCUUAUUACUGGCAGACCUACACCUUUUACCUGGACUACACCCCAAUCUUCGCCGGCUACGUCAACUACGCACUCACAGCCUAUGUCUCCGUGGAGCGGUGCUUGUGUGUGAGCAGGCCCUUCACGGUAAGGUCAAUCCUGACCCGCAAGUUCACCUUCAUCAUUGUUGUGGUCAUCUCUGUGGUCACUUUUGGCGCCUUCUUCGUCGUCUACUUUAUCUACGACAUCUACUUCCUGUACGUCCCAGAAUUCCAGAUGACUCUUCCGUUUUUCUACUACAGCGGGUUCUACUACCGAACCCAGAAAAUAAUAAUGCCUUACUACAACACCAUCGGUAUAGUUCUGCCAUUCUUGAGUUUUCUAGUGCUCUGCGCUUGCUCGUCCAUCACCAUCUACUACUUGAAGAAAUCCUCGGCAUUUACAAGCAAAGCGUCUUCAGCUUCGGGAAUUUCCCUUCGGGAGCAGAAAGUUUCAAAGAUGCUGUUGACCAUCAUCGCUGUCAAAAUCGGAAACCUGUUUCCCAGAAUUGUUUGUUAUGUGGCACAGCUGUCAGAACCGGAGUUUUACGCUUUAAAACAUUACCACUUCCUGUUCAUGACAGUGUCCAGGUUCAUGUACGUACUGGACUUCAUCAACGCAGACGUGACGUUCUUUAUAUACCUCAACAUGAGCACCAAUUUUAAAUCAACUUUUAAUCAUCUGUUUGUCCGAAUUAAACCGAGAAAGUGA